AUGCCGACCCUUCCCCCCGUCUCCUCCCUUCCCUCCCUCCCCCAGGAACAGCGGUUCCAGGUGCUGGACACCCUCUUCGAACCGUCCCCCGAACUACACGCCAUGAUGGCCCCCGUCCUGGCCGACCAGACCUUCGUCUCCUACCCGAGUCUGAUCGACGCCGUGGGCGCCCGCAUGUCCGCCCUCGCCUCGCCGGAUUCGCCCCAGGACCGCGCUGCGCUAGUGGGCAUGUUGGGAUCGCAUCCGCGCCUGGGCCGGCCCAAGGUGGCGUCGCAACCCGAACAUCUCAGUGAGUUGAGCAAAAAGGAACAGGCACAGCUGAACCAGGGCGCGGAGGAAUUGGGGGAGAAACUGCGGUUGUUGAAUGCGGAAUACGAAGAGAAGUUUCCCGGGUUGCGAUUUGUAACGUUUGUCAACGGGCGCAGCCGUGAAGUGAUUAUGGUGGAGAUGCGACAGCGCAUUGAUCGCGGCGACUAUGAACGGGAAGUGCAGGAAGCCAUCCAGGUGGGUACUCUGACUACGACGGUCUCGUCCGUUUGA